UUGUCAUUCAAAAAAGUUCAAAUAACCAGCAUACAUGGAGGUGCUUCCACAAGACAUCAUUGUCAACAUACUCUCCCGGCUACCUUCAAAAUCAAUCGGGAGAUCCCCGUGUGUGUCGAAGCCAUGGAAGUCUCUUCUUUCACAACCCCAUUUCAUCAAAACCCACCUAAAUCGAAUCAAACAUAUCCCAACAACACAAGAAUCACUCCUCUUUGUUUCCAAUGACUCUACUUCAUCUUUCUAUUCUGUCCAUUUUAAAAAUGCCCACUACAGGAGUGAAGAAAUCACUGUUUUUGCUAGCAAGCUUAAUCUCAGUGAUCGCAUUUAUAUUCGGACCGAAAGGAGUAAUGUUGCCUCUUGUGAUGGGUUAAUAUUGCUGAAUAAUGAACCAUUUAACAAGUGGUUAUUAGUAAAUCCAACUACGACAGCCAUGAAAGAGUUGCCUAUCUCACCUUUUGCUCUUAAAAAUAACAUUACAAUGUGUGGACUUGGGUAUGAUUCAGUUAAUGAUGAUUAUAAGGUUAUUAACAUUUCUUAUGUUGAAAAUUAUAAGAAGCAAGGCUAUAAGCCUUAUUGUACUGAAGCAUUUGUUAAUGUUUGUGGAUGCUUUGUUGUAGCGUACUAG